UGGAACCGGUUCCGCCCGCUCAGUGUCGCCGGCGAUCCGCCAUGGAGUGACGCCUCCUCCUGCUCGCUCCUUCCACCACCACCACCACCUUCACUCCGUCUCCUCCUCGCUCGUGAACCUGCCACAUUCCUCCUCCUCAAGUCCUCAAGUCCUCUCAGCUCCGUCGGGAAGCCUUAAUGGAUGGGAAACUGCCUGAAAUCCAGCUCGCUCGACGAUGUCUCGCUGCUGCACGACUCGGACGCCGCUAGCACGGGCGGCGGGGACCGGGAGCAGCUCCGCGACUACGCGGGGCCCCCGCCGCCUUACCAGGAGGAGGCGGGAGUGCCCGUUUACCACCUGACGCCCACGCAGACGCGACUGGCCACGCAGCUCACGGAGGAGGAGCAGAUCCGCAUCGCGCAGCAUCUGGGCCUCAUACAGCACCUGCCGCGUGGAGUCUACGAGCCGGCACGCGACCCCGCCACCGCCGAGAAACGCGGCCGCGAGUGCGUGAUCUGCAUGCUGGAGUUUGUGUGUGGAGACGCGGUGCGCUUCCUGCCCUGCCUGCACACCUACCACGUGGAGUGCAUCGACGACUGGCUCAUGCGCUCCUUCACCUGCCCCUCAUGCAUGGAGCCCGUUGACGCCGCUCUGCUCUCCACCUACGAGACGGGAUGACGCCCGCGCGUGCCCGCGCGUGCCCGCACGCGCAUGUGCCCGCACGCGCAUGUGCCCGCACGCUCGCUCACUCGCUCACAAAGUAGGCACAUUGUGACCAACGGUUUGAUGAUGGGAUUGGGCAGCUUGCCUCGAUUUACGGGAUUGGUCGAUUGAAUAGUGUCAGAAUUCAUUGUGUACAAUUGGAUUAUUUCCGAGGCAAUUGAUAAUCCGAUUAUCACAGAAUAUCCAUCUCUGCGUGAAAAGGCCAAUCUCUUGCGAAGCUGGCAAUGUAACAUCCGUCACGUGUCCCUGCUCAUUUAGCGGCUGACGCAAAUGGUUCGCAUGGAGAUCCAAACCUUGGAGCUCACCAAGCAUCUUACUGCCGACUUAAUUCGAUUUUAAAUUAUUUAAAUUUGACAAACUAGGCCUGUCAUCAAAUUCACCGGCAGACUUCGUCAUCAUAAAUUAUCUCCAAGGCAAAUAAAUAUUUUGGCUUCGGUUAGUCGCGAAUGUUAAUCGGCACCCGGUACUAAAUUUAUUACUGCGCUGGGUGCGAUGUCCCGAGGCUUACGCACCUGAAGCCUAUUUGGCUUUGCACGUGUGCAGUUGUGACAGAAGCUGCCCAAACCAUCGAUGUUGCGUCGUCAAAGUGGGGAGAGCGAGCGUCUGUUGUUUAUCCUUUCCCUAUCCCUGCCCCAGCAGCAGUGUGCCCGAGGUACUGCAUCUCCUCGAUCAGUGUUUCUUCCUGGUCCUGAGCAAGGCUGGGCUGGUCAGGUUUAUUUACUGCGACGGUCUGUUCCCUUCGAAUUAUAAGUGUACCCAGGAUGCCAUAAGAUAACAUUAUCUGUUGUUCUGUAAGAGAAUUGGUUAACUUAUCAGUGGUAUCACCGCCUCUUCAACAAGAUAUGGUGGGGUUGAGAGCAGUUUAAGAAUAAUUAUGGUGUAAUUUUAAUUAAGUGACAUCACUUUUUUUUUUACAAAUCUAACGUACAAUAAGUUUCUGUGAUGGCUUGGGGGAGGCCAUCAUACAGCAAUAUAUUGGUCAUGGCUGACGUUGAAGGGAUUCAGUGAUGUUACGCCCUUACUCGCUUCAAAAUUAUUUUGGAACAUGUUACUAAUUGGGUAAAAGUAAAAUGUUAAAACAUCUUUUCCUUCCAAGAUAUAGUUUGUUUGGGGAAAAACCAAAAUACUUCCCACCUGAUUUCUUUUCAAUCAGCCCCUCUCACCUCCCCCCCCCCGCCCUCCCCCCCCCAUCCUCACAGGUUCCUGACAGAGCUCAAUUGUGAGUUUAACCCCAGUGUGGACUGCAAAGUCUCAAUUGGUGCCCGGAGAGUGAACAGGGAAGCGGGUGGUGAGCAAGCAGGCACGCUGUGGUGGCUAACGCCGAUGAGAACGUAGGUUGACCUUGCCGCAGCCCUCAGACUUCCUUCCACGAAGACGGGCAUCGCAUCUCCCUACAACUCGGUAUUGGAGAGAGAGAAAAAAAAAAACGUUCCCGCGGGUUUAGAGUUUAUGCAAUCGUGGCAGUGUGUGAUUGUGCACUCCGGUGUCAUGCAUUCAAUGUGCACUUUUUUUUUCUUCCCCUCUAUCAUUUCUUGUGGGUGCAUUUGACGGCUAUUGAGUCUGCACCCAUCCUCCUGUGUAACAGUACCCGUAUUUGGCCGUGCACUUGGUGCUUGGUUGCCUGCUGACCGAGUGCCGUGCCAAUGUUUUUGUGCGCACACCGCGCUGGUCCUCUUCUGGACGAGUGUGGAGAUGAAGUUGUGGACGACAAGACCCCGGGGUUUGAGGCUUUUUGUGUGCUUUGAACCUGAUGGUGGGGGCGGGGUGGGGGCGCUGCUCAGCUAUAAACAGCACGGUUAGUGUUUGCGGGCGUGUAAAGUUCUUGUGUGACAUGCUGUAAAGUGUUCGCACAAACGCACGGAUGCUUCGUUUUUUAGUCCCAAUGCUCCAUUGUAAGCUUCUCCCAGCCUUUGUAAGCAAUUGUAUUUCUGACCAACAAAUGUGAUUGGAAAUUUGAUCAAUAUUGCUGAAUUGUGAUAAAUAUAUCUACUGGUAGUUUUAAAGAUGUUAAGUAAAAAAAAAACUGGUGGGCAGUAGGUGCUAUAACUUUGUUUUUAGUAGUGUUUUAUGGAGCGAUAAAUAAUCAUUAGCGAUAACUGUAGCUGUAUAUGCUAAGGAUGUGGUUGUUACAAAAAAAAUUUAGCUUUCAACUUUCACUGAUACGUUGAUGUAUGCUGUGUUUCAUACCCCAGUUAGAGUACCAAGUCACCACCACUGAGAUCACGUGAUUAAAACCUGGCCUGCCAUGUGCGAUUUAAAGCAAUUUAUUUCUCACCAUCUAGUAGCAAAUGGUCUCAAGCAAGGCAGCAAAGCUUACAUGAAACCAUAUUGCAAAGGAGAAAUUUACUAUUGCGAAUGUAAUUUCCUUCCACUAUGAAUGAUUAAUGCAUAGGUAGAUAGGGAAGGGGCGAAUCGCUCAUCUGCACAGCUAAGGAACCACCUUCACGUGAUCGUGGUGAGAAAGAGGAUCCACAUCAGAGGCAAUGACGGCCUUGGUCCUGUUGUGUGUCUUCCAAGGAAGGGCAUGCCACCGAUAGCGCUGGUCAAUACGUACAACCCCAAUCUUGAGUUAUUAUACAUCACAUACACGAUGCAUAUCGUUAUGACAGGUGCAACAUUGCUAAUGGAUAUCGUUGAGUAAGCAAUAGCUUGCUGCUCAGUUUCAAAGUAUUGCCCAAUUUCGGCAAUACUUUGCACUGGGCAAUACCAACUUACUGCCAAUACAUUUAGAAAUUACCUGUGAAUUGGGCAAUACUAAGUCGCUGCGAUUGCUGCUGUGAUUGUAAAGGCAUUCGGUGAUAUUAACAUAGCGUAAAAAAAAUCCAGAAUGCGCGUUGCUCGUCCUGGUAUGAAUAUUCAUCAGCCAUAUCCGGACACUGCCACAAACGUACUCUUUCCCCCUCCCCAUGGCAGUCAUCAUUGGCUACUGAACAACCACCAUCAUGGACAUUUAGUACGAUACUUGCAUGUCCCAACAAUAACAUUCAAUUACAAAGCAGCUCACUGCAACGGCAUGUCAAGAUGCUUUGUCACAAUUACCCUGGACAAUGCAUCCGUGUAUCGCCUGCACAAUUGCCAGAUUGACACGAGGCUACAGUGAUGCCUCGCUUUGAUCUCUGCAGGGCAUUUCUUGAUGGGCUGACGACUACCGCACUCCUUGCCUUGAAGCCAGUGGCAUAAUUACAAUAAAUCCUUUAAACAACCAAAAAUCAUACUAACAUUUAUUUAAACCGCUAUUAUCUGGUACCUUGGAUAUGAAUCACGGUAUUGCACAAAGCAUAUCAAUACAGUGACAGUUCGCUUUUAACUUAGUUGUGUGUGUUUUUGGCAGAUUAGCCUAGACGGUCAGUACGCUCGCCUCCAAUUUAAGGUUCGCAAAUUCACUCCCAAUCUGCCUCCUCAAAAAGAAUCACUACGGCGACAGAUAUUGCUAAUCCAAGUCCAGCGUGCACCGCCCAGUGCCACCAUGUGAGUCUACAAAUUGGAAGAAUGCGUUACGGGAGAUGGAAAUUUAAUGACACCCCUCAAUGAGAAUGCAGGCCAGGAUUGAAGAAUCAAUCCAGCAUCGGUCAGAGGGAGUGUGUGUGUGUGUGUGCUGGGUCGCUGAUACAAAUGACUGAUUCCAGCACAUUGAUGAAGAUGAGAAUCAUGGUCAUGAGAAAUCAAACAUGCCAUAUUGUUGCACAUGGUAGAUUGCACUUCCCGUUAAAUUAUUUAUCUGUUUGCAAACUUUACAAUGUGAUGGCACGAAUUAUUGUCACGUCCAAUUAUCCUUUGCAACUCUAGAGCACAAUUGUGAACACUUGAUUGUGUGUUUACUUCAGAGCGUUAUUAUUGUUAUUACUGUAUAAUCUUCUUCUUUCGUGUGGCUGAUGUAGAUGCAGAGCAAAAACUACAAUUUCAAGCCAGACAACCACACAUUACUUCGCCCGGGAGAGUCCCUUCAAACAGUUGGAGGAUCCCUGUCCCAGCGCCUAUCUGGCAUUGUUGUUUGGCCUUGAAGAGGGGCUUGUGUCGUUGUAUUCAAGACCGGGUGAUCGAUGAUCGAUGUUCGGUCGCCGCGUUGAUGGCGUUCGUCGUGAUUUCUCGUUUAACACAGUGGACCGCGUGAAGGCUGCCAUCUGUAUAAUUAUCGUUCUUAUAAAAGUGCAGGUCAGGAACAUCGCUAGGCAACACUUACCCUGCUUGAUUUGCACCACGCUUGUUUCAAUGCUGUGUAUAAACCAAGCCUAAACACAAUGAAAGUAACGCAAAAAAAAAACAUUGUUGCUCUGUGAUAUUGGCUCAAUUUAACCAUAACCAAAAGAAAAAAGCACAUGGCUACACUUUUUGGAGACCCAAUCGAAGGAACCGCGUGCAUCUACAAACAAAUUGAGGGCAAAGGGAUAACUAUUGCUCUUAAUUGCCGACAUGUAGAAGAUAUGUUCGUGCUUUGCAGAUGCGUCGGGACCGGAAAAUUGUCUUAAAUGUCAUGUCUCUUAACUCGCUUUUCUGUAGAGUUCCUUUACGAGCGAUUUCGCCGUUUUGCACAAUUGUUUACGUCGCUGCUGAGCUGAUGAUGAUGUGGACCAGCACAGCUUUUAUUUCUUCACCUCCCCCCCCCACUUAAUUUCGUGAAACCCAUGAUCGCGUGCGCCACCGAGACGGCUCAGAGAUGGAAUGUGAAAGGGCCUGCUCUCAAGAUAGAAAUGUGUAGGCAUUCUUAGUUUUACCCGAUUCUGUGGGCGUUAAUGAAAAUAUUUACAAUCCCCAA